AUGAAGGUAUCGUCGUUUAUUGUUCAGCUCCGCCCGGGUUUCUUUCGCCUUAUGAUUCAUGCCAAACCUGGCGCGCGGAGUACCGCGUUGGCUGCCCAACCACAAGCGCUCGAUGAAGCUCUGGAGGUUCGGCUGGCGGCACCACCUGUGGAUGGAAAGGCGAACACAGAACUUGUUGAGUUCAUGCAAACACUUUUGGAACAGCAACUGGCCACACUUCGUAUCACUCAAAAACAACAUCUGCGGAAAAGCGGCUGUGAGGAUGGGGAAGAUGAAGUGUACACGUACGAGCACUACGCAAAGAAGAAAAAGAGUAAGAACAACAAGCGGAUGAAUGAAGAUUCGAAGUCUGGGGAAGCGAAAGUUGAAUAUCCGGAUGAUAAGGUGCGGGUGUCGCUAGUGAGUGGCCUCACAAGUAGAAAUAAAGUACUAGAAGUUACGUUUCCCGGAACAGAGGAAGACCUGUUGGCUGUGCUCAAGUCUGCCGAUUUUUCAUGA